AUGUCUCCAAAACAAACUGACAGAGCACUAAAGAUGUUAAAAUCAUCUAUUAUAGAUGAUUUAUUAGUUCAAUUAAAAGAAUUAAAAAUAGAAGUUGAUGAUGAAGAAUUAAAAAAUACUUUAUUGAAAACAAAAAAUAAAAGCAGAAGAAUUCCGCCUAAAGUAGAAGAACAUAAAAAAUGUGUGGCUACAUGUAAAAAUGGAAAACCAUGUUGUGUGGCUAUGUGUGAUAAAAAAUUGAAAUUAUGUUGGGCUCAUAUGGAUGGAGAUCAAAGAAUUAAAUAUAGAAAAAAUAAAAAUGUUACUGAAGUUUAA